AUGCUGUGCAAGCGAGUCCUGUCGCACUCCAGGCGGCUCCCCGUCUGGGGAUACCGGGGUCUUCCCAAACAGACCCGGUUGCAGAGCACAUCCAGAACGAACCCCGCCUCGACCAACAUCGAUCCGCCUGAAGCUUUCUCUCGACUCUCCGCCCUCAAAUCCGCAAAACCUUUCUCCGAGUUCCUCACCGAUUCCUUCAACCGCCAGCAUGACUACCUGCGCAUUAGCGUUACGGAGCGGUGUAACCUGCGGUGCCUCUACUGCAUGCCCGAGGAAGGGAUAGAGCUCUCCCCGCAGCCCCGCCUGCUGACCUCCCCGGAGAUCGUCUACCUAUCAUCUCUCUUCGUUUCUCAGGGGGUAAACAAGAUCCGUUUGACGGGUGGGGAGCCGACCGUCCGCAAGGAUAUCGUACCCUUGAUGCAGGACAUCGGCAAGCUGCGCCGGAACGGACUACGUGAGCUUUGCCUGACCACCAACGGGAUCUCGCUGCAUCGCAAACUCGACGCGAUGGUCGAGGCCGGGCUGACGGGGGUGAAUCUCAGUCUGGACACGCUGGACCCGUUCCAGUUCCAGAUCAUGACCCGGCGCAAAGGGUUCGACGCGGUGAUGAAGAGCAUCCAUCAGAUUCUGGAAAUGAACAAGGUCGGUGCCGGCAUCAAGCUGAAGAUCAACUGCGUCGUGAUGCGGGGCAUGAACGAUCGCGAAAUCCUGCCGUUUGUCGAGAUGGGCCGCGAACAGCCGAUCGAGGUGCGGUUCAUCGAGUACAUGCCCUUUGAUGGGAAUAAGUGGAAUCAGGGCAAAAUGUUCCCCUACCAGGAGAUGCUAGCCGUUAUCCGAGAGAAAUAUCCCACGCUGGAGAAGGUGACCGACCAUAAGAACGAUACCAGCAAGACGUAUCGCGUGCCCGGCUUCGAGGGUCGGGUCGGGUUCAUCACCAGCAUGACGCAUAAUUUCUGUGGCUCCUGCAAUCGCCUGCGCAUUACCAGCGACGGCAACUUGAAAGUAUGCCUGUUUGGCAAUGCGGAGGUAUCACUGCGUGAUAUCAUCCGCAAAGAGAACGAUGGACAGCCCAUUGACUUGGAAGCUCUGCAGAGGCUCGGGCUAUUGGAGACUGUACAGAGUGCAGCUCGCCUCAGCGACGAGGGCGGGCUAAUCAAUGAACGGGAACGUGAGAUUCUCGAUAUCAUCGGCAUGGCCGUCAAGCGCAAGAAGGAGAAACACGCGGGCAUGGGACAAUUGGAGAACAUGAAGAACCGGCCCAUGAUCUUGAUCGGUGGGUAG